AUGCAUAGUUUAGGAAUUGAGUUACUUUCAAGUGAAAGCAUUGAAUCUUACUCAUGGCUACUAGAUGUUGUAAUUUUACAAGCAGUACCAGCUGUGUAUUCAAGAAUACAAGACAUAGAUUGUUUGGGAAGUCAUAUGACAAAAAUAGAUGUUUUGAAAAAGUUUAGUGGUCUAAUCUGGAAUGAGACAAUACUCAAAGAAGAUUUUGAAUCAACAUGGAAAAACUUAAUGGAUGAAUUUCACUUAAAUGAAAACAAUUGGUUUAACAAGAUGUACAAAAUCAGAGAUUUAUGGGUUCCUUCUUAUUUCAAAGAAUGCACAUUCUCUGGAUUGAUGAGGACUACAUCAAGAUCUAAAACUGAAAACUAUUUCUAUUGGCUACUCUCUAACUUAGAUUUGCAUUUGAUUGAAUUUUCAUUUCAUUUUGAUACGACAUUAGAAGGAAAAAGAUGCAUUCAAAGAAAAAAUGAUCAUGAUUCAAGAUACACAAAACCAGAUUUUAAAACUGGAUUGAAACUUUAA